AAGCUUGGUCUUUUCACAAGACUUUCUAUGGUACGGUGUGAAUAUAUCCGCAUUGGGUUUCUACCCGAUACACUAGUUUCAUUUAUAUUAUUUAAUUAACAAGAAAUCAAAACAUCCUAGUGAUCGAAAACGUUUUGUGAGUACUCGUUUAGCAUUCAUAUAUUGAAUAAAGAAAUUUUAACAAUCAAAUAGCUUAAUUAAACUACAAUUUAACAACGGUGAUUGAAAUUGCAGAAAAAAAUUGUCAAAAAAAUUAUAUUAUGGUGGUUUAAAGUUAUUUAUUUACAGUAACUGGUGAUAAGGCAUUAAUAGAGAAAUGCAAGUAGCGUAGAUUAAGUACACUUUAGCUAUAAUUAAAGAAAAAUUCUUGAAAGUUAACUUUUUGGGGGAUUUUUCAAAAAUUUAAUUAUAAUUGAAUGGCUUCAAAACGGCAUAAAAAGGGAGCAUCAUUGUCUUCCUCUAAUGCUAACUUAUCAAACAUCACGACACGACUUUCUAGUCAGCAAAAACGAAAAGAUGAAAAUAACAAGAAAAGUCAAAAAUCUAGCGCUCAGGCAAUCGAAAAAUCUAAACUAAGAGUUAAGACAGAAACCUGUCAAAAACCAAAGAAAAUUAAUAAUUGUGAAAUUUGUGGAAAAGUUUUUAAAGGACUAAACGAUUUAAGAAAGCAUAUUCGCAUCCACAGUGAUGAGAGACCUUAUGAAUGUCCGGAAGCAGGAUGUGGAAAAAGAUUUCGUCAAGCCGGUUGUCUCAAAAAUCACAGAGCAUCCCAGCAUGGAACGGACAUCAUUUACUACUGUGAUCUCUGUGGUAAACAGUUUCCUGUAAAAGAGAGAUUACGGCUACAUUUACGAGUUCAUACAGGAUACAAGCCCUAUAAAUGUUCCGUUUGCAGCAAAAAUUUCGCACGCGGAGGUCAACUUUCCCAGCACAUGGUUACACAUACGGGUGUAAAAAAAUACAAAUGUGAUUACUGUGACUCAAAAUUCUCGUGUCUAGCAAAUCUGAAAAUUCAUUUGAAAAGCCAUUUGGAAGAGAGAGAUUACAUAUGCCAUAUUUGCAGUAAAGCAUUCUAUAGACGUGAUGCUCUCAAAAAACAUAUAUCAUGUUUUCAUGAAAAUGUAAAAGCUUUUCACUGCAACAUUUGUAACAAAAUGUUCAAAGGUCACUUGCCACAGGUGGGAUUAUUAUCUUUUCGGAAGGAUAAUAAUUCCACGUGUACUUCUAACGGCGAACGUCCAUAUAGGUGUCAAAUUUGUCAUCAAGCAUUUGCACAUUCUUCCGUUUUGAAGCUUCACAUACGAAAGCAUACGGGUGAAAAACCUUUUAGAUGUCCCAUCGAUGAAUGUACCAAGUCGGCAGUCGCAUUCUCACAAUUACCUCAUUUGAAAAAGCAUAUGUUAAGUAUUCAUCAUCAAAGUCUACCAUAUAUGUGCAAAUGUAAAACGUUCUUUAAAACUAAGCAAGAAUUGCAACAGCAUUAUCAAACGUGUAGAGAAAAAUCGUCUGAAAGUGAAUCGAAUAAUGGAAUGAGGUAUGCAGAAACGGUAAUGCCAAUUGAGAAAAUGAGGCUUUUGAUUACAAUCUUGAUUAAGAAAAUAUCUUCGGAAUCAAAGUUAAAAGAGUUGGGCUUUGAGAAACGUCUAAUUGACAACAUACUAAUAGAUUCAUUGCGUUGCGCUGGUCGAACUGUUUAUACAGAUGAAAAAUUCACAGAAGCCGAACGAUUAAAAUUAAAUAUUGAGGAAUUUCUUGAAUGGACAGUUCCGCUUGAAUCAAUGAAGAAUUUCAAGGAAGGGCGGAAAAGUGUAGAAGAAAUUCUUGAACAAUUAGUCGAAGGAUUUAAUUAAGUGUUGAUUUUAACUAAUAAACCAAUGAUUUUAUAUUAGGAGUAAAUUGAGAGUUUAGCAAGUGUGUUCAAUGGAUUAAAAAAUUGAUAAUCCGACGAAAAUGUAUGUCUGUAGAUUAAUAAUAAGUAUAUGCUUGAUGUCGAGAUGCUAUAUGAAGAAAACAAAUACCAAAUAAUAACAUUAUGUAUGUCAAACAGAUGCUUUAUCAAAACAAGUAACAACUUUUGAUGCCACAUAAACCAAAGAUUUUUGUUAUUAAAUGAGACAAUUCUGUCCUAAAUUAAUUAAUAAAACAUGAUCUCGUAUUAAACAUGCACACAAGUUUUACAAAAAAAAAAAAUCAGAAUUGCGAUAAACGUUAUGUUUAUAUGAUUUUAUGUUGAGGACGAAGAAGCUUACCUAAUCAGUGUGAAUUAAUUUUAAUCUUUAUCGAAAAAUUGUCUUACAAAAAAGAAAAAAAUAAACUUUUAAUAAAACGAAUGAAUUUUAGUUUAAUUAAAA